AUUUCAAAUCUCCAAACGCCAACUACACAACCACAAACCCACUAACCCUUCUUCUUCUCUCUCUCUCUCUCUCUCUAACUCAAACUUCUCUCACUUUAUUAUCACACUUCAUUCAAUUCCAACACACUAUCAGAAGAAUUAUCGUCACAUUCUCUCUAUACACUCAUGGGUGCCUCUGGAAAAUGGGUCAAAGCACUAAUCGGAUUCAAGAAACCUGACAAGGAUGAACAUGGGAAGGAAGGAGGUAAGAGUAAGAAGUGGAGGUUAUGGAGAAGUUCAUCAGGAGAUAAUGGUUCAUGGAAAGGUUUGAAAGGAAACCACCAUAAAGCAGUUUCUGAAUGCUCUGAAUCUCCAACCGCAGCAGAAGCUUUCACCGCCGCAGUAGCAACCGUCGUUAGAGCUCAACCUAAGGAUUUUAGACUUGUUAGGCAAGAAUGGGCUGCUAUUCGAAUUCAAACUACUUUCCGCGCUUUCUUGGCACGAAGGGCUUUGAGGGCUUUGAAGGCAGUGGUGAGGAUCCAAGCUCUUGUCCGGGGUAGACAAGUGAGGAAGCAAGCUGCAGUGACAUUGAGAUGCAUGCAGGCCUUAGUUCGUGUUCAAGCUCGAGUAAGAGCUCGUCGUGUGAGGAUGUCUAUGGAAGGACAAGCCGUACAGAACAUGCUCAAUGAGCGGCGCAGCAAGCUUGAACUUUUGAAGGAAGCAGAGGAAGGGUGGUGUGAUAGCAUAGGAACAUUGGAAGAUGUUAAAUCAAAAUUACAAAUGAGGCAAGAAGGAGCUUUCAAAAGAGAGAGGGCAAUUGCAUACUCUCUUGCACAGAAGCAGCAAUGCAGGCCAACCUCAAGCACUAAUUUGCGAACAAAUGCCUCGUUUUCGUCUCUCAAGAAUCACGAGAUGAACAAAGCUAAUGGGGGAUGGAGUUGGUUGGAAAGAUGGAUGGCAGCCAAGCCUUGGGAGACUAGGUUGAUGGAACAACAAUCUCACGCUGAAAGCUUAGAUAAAACCCCCCCACCACCUCCAAAGAAAUUUGUGGAAUCCAUUGUAAGCUCUAAUUCAAAACCGUGCUCAGUCAAAAUCAAGAAGAAUAACGUCACAACCAGGAUUUCUGCUAAACCUCCUCCACACAUUGGACAAGCUACUCGUUCGUCCUCGAGUCCAAGUUCCGAGUUUCGGUAUGAUGAGAGUUCUGCAUCAUCUUCUAUUUGUACAUCCACAACACCAAUAUCAGUGAACACUUGUGAAAGGACUGAGGAUAGUAGUAACUACACUAGGCCAAGUUACAUGAAUCUGACUCAGUCAACCAAGGCAAAGUUGAAAACGGGAAAUCAAAUGUAUAACCGAGCUCAAAGGCAACAAUCAAUGGAUGAAUUUCAAUUUAUGAAGAGGGCUGCAGUUUUUUCUAAUGGAGAUUCUAAAAGCAUUGCUGCUUCUGAUCAUUCACUCAACUUUUCUAGGCCACUUCACCUACCAACUCACUUGGACAAGAGUUCGGUGAGGCCACGGUGAGAGACAGGAGAAAUCAUAGCAGCCAGCUCCAUGGAUGCUCAACAUCUCUGUAUUUGGUUUUCCAAGAAGUUCAACAUCUUGUUGGUCAUUGUAUUUUAAUCUUGAAUUAGAACUAGAAGUAGUUUAUGUCCUUGGAUAUUACUUGUUAGGGGGUCUCCAUUUGUAAAAUUGUUCAUUUGUGGGAAUUGAUAAUACUCAAUCUGGAGAGUUUAACUGGAUGAAUUUGUCAAUUUAUGGGAAAACCCUAUUUUGUCAA